AUGUCCCACUCAACGCAGCCUCUUAGCGACCGGGCGGCGCUGGCCUUUCGACAAAUCCCCACUAUGACCUUUGCCACGGCGUCCAAUCCUCUCACCGCACCUCUUCCGGUCGAUCCCAACGCGUCAACCCCUGCCCUCCGAGCCGCGUCGCGGUUCGCAGUGCCGGGCAGGGCCAUCAUCACCGGCGGCGCAGGUUCACUAGGCCUGACGGUCGCUCGCGCUCUCCUGGAACACGGUCUGGCAUCCCUCUCGAUCCUCGACCUUGCUGCCACCUUGGAGACCUCUGCAGCCGCCAUCAACCAACUCACCGCCGACUAUCCCGACACAACAAUCCUCUUCUACACCGUCGACGUGACCUCCCCCACCAGCGUCGAUGAAGCCAUCACCACGGCCGCCACCGCGAUGGGCGGAAUCGACCACCUCUGCUGCUUCGCCGGCAUCGUCGGCUGCGUGCCCACUACCGCUGUGACCGCAGACCAAUUCACCAAGCUCCUCGACGUGAACCUGACGGGUUCCUUCCUCUGCGCCCAGGCGGCCGCCAAGCACAUGAUCGCCCAAGGCACGGGAGGUAGCAUUGUCUUCACAGCCUCGAUCUCAGCACACGCAACCAACUUCCCGCAGCCACAAGUCUCGUACAACGUUAGCAAGGCGGGGGUGGUCCACAUGACCAAGAACCUGGCGGCGGAGUGGGCGGUACAUGGCAUCCGGGUCAACAGCGUCAGUCCGGGGUACAUGGAUACCGUGCUGAAUGCGGGGGAGGGGCUGCGGCCGCUGCGGGAGAUCUGGGCGCAGCGUUGUCCGAUGGGCCGGAUGGGCGAUGUCGAGGAGAUCACGGGCCCAUUCGUCUUGCUGUGUAGUCCGCGGGGCGGGCGAUAUAUCACUGGCGUGGAUUUGGUGGUGGAUGGAGGCGCAAUGACACUGUAG